AUGCUUCCAAUGGAAGAAUUUGGAUCCUGUGGGAUGAGAAAGCAUACAAUGUGCAAGAAAUUGAGAAUGAUGCUCAAUUCAUACGCUGCUAUGUCACAAAUACAAAAAAGUACUUUUGCCUGCUAUAUGACAGUGGUGUAUGGAUACAAUGCAAUGGAGCAAAGGAAAGAUAUGUGGAAGAAGCUGCAGAAUUUGGCACCUGGGAAACAACCAUGGCUGAUUAGUGGAGACUUCAAUGCUAUGCUAACUCCACAAGACAGAAUCUCUAAAGUACCUAUGACUUUAGCAGAUAUUCAUGACUUUGCAAAAUGGUACCAUAAUCUAUAUCUAACUGAAAUCCCAUGGAGGGGUGAAUACUUCACUUGGACAAACAAGCAACAAGGAGAUGAUAGAGUCAGAAGCAGGCUAGAUAUAAUAUUUGGAAAUGAUUGCUGGAUGAUGCAACAUGGCCAUCUUACUGUCAAUUUUGAAGAUCCCUUUAUUUCAGACCAUGCAUCAAUGUUGAUCCUUAUUACUCAGCCCACCACCAACAUCAAAGUACCCUUCAGAUAUUUCAAUGUUUGGGCUGAUCACUCUGAAUUUCCCCACAUAGUAGCUACAGGAUGGAAUCAAAAUCAUGUCAGGGGAAGAAUGAAGAGUAUCUGGUACAAGCUAAAAGAACUUAAACUAAGGUUUAAGCAACUGAAUAAAGAGGAGUACAAAGGAGUUAAGAGAGAAUUGAUCAAGCAAGGAAUAAGUUGA